AUGUUGAAUGGAAAACUGUUACAAUGUCUCUUUAAACAGAACAAGAAUUAUGAUUACUGCAUAGUUUAUGAAACGUCUCAUUAUAUGUUUAAACAUCUCGAGUCAAUAAAAGAAAUAAGAUAUUGGCAAGAUGAAUGCAAGACUCACUUGAGUACAUUAACAACCAUUACGUUUAAUUUAUGUUGUUACAAAUGUCGAAGUUUCGCAACAAUGUUGAAAAGGAGUUUAAUACAAAGUGAGGCAUUUGUUAGUUACAUGAUCCCUUACCAAGUCCCUUACGAUUGUUAUGAACUCGAAACAUAA